CCGAUGGAGAUACUGCUAAAAUCCGUCUUUGUCGGAGCCUAAAUUAAACACUUGCUCGGUCAAAUAUUUGAAAAUGGCGAGAUUUAAAUUUCGUGUCCUGAUCUCUGAUUGGUCCAAAUAUUUGAGGCAGAAUUUUGUGAAGUCUUCUCUGAUUGGUCAAAUUAUGACAUGUGAUAAACUUAUAAAAUCCGGAAGUAAACAAUCUACCCAAAAAUGGUGUUGUCAUUCAAUUUUGAACAAUAUAAAGUUUAUAAACGUCAGUAGAACGUAAUCAUACAGUAUAAAACAAACGUUCAACGAUUCGUGUUAAUACUCUUGAAAUGUCAGUAGCUAGAACUGUACGAGAUACGAAAAGGCAUGAACAAUACAACACAAUUGUUUCAAGGGCAGUGAACAUUUUAGAAACAGUUGAGAAAUCAUGCCCAAAGAAUUUAGCUGCAUUGAAGAAUAUUUUGGUUCCAGUGACUGACAUUAUAGCAUUCAUCGAUCCUCUAGAAGCACUGGAUGUUCUACUAAGUAUUUCUGGAAAUAUACCAGUGAUAAAAACUAAAACAGUUACUAAAGUUUAUGCUUCGCUGGAUAAACUCACAACAACAAUAUGGAACAAUGCAAUGAAUACUGCAAAAUUUCAAAACCGAAUACCACUUUUAGUUCCAACAAACAGUGAUGAGCAUAAACAAUCUAUCGAAAAACUAAAAGCUUGGGUAAAAUCUGAAGAUGGAAUGAAAAAUCGCAAAAAGGAAACAUGGCUACCAAAGCUAACUGCAAUUUGUACAAAUGAAAACACACAGCAUGGAGGUAUCGAACUAGUGCUUGAAAAUCUAAUUUCCAUUGGCUAUGUAUCUAAAACUGGAGAAUCAAAAGAAAAUCUCGCUUACAGCUUUCCAUCCGAAUUCAUGAUGAAUGUCUUUAGAGCAAUAUGGGAGAACUAUGUGACUAGAUGCAAGAAAGAUCCAAUCAAAACAGCAAAAAAGAAAAACAUAAUGGAGUCAAUUAUCAGAGAUACCACCAUGGACUUAAGCAAAGUAGAGAAAGCUCUAAUGAAAAAUACCAACAGAUACAAAAAACAAGGGAGAAGACGAAAGCAUAAAUACAAACAAAGGAUGUCAAGAUCACGUUCUAGAGGCAGAGAAAGUACUAAAAAGUAUAGACGCUAUUGUUCGAGAUCUCGAUCCAUAAGUCCAAAAAGGAAGCGCUUCUACACCCAAAUUGGUUCAAGGUCACAUCACAGACGAUCAAGGAGCAAUAGUCUGGAUGAUUCAGAAAUAUUUUCACAAAGUGAUCAAAGUUCACCAUCAAGAUCAAGGAGUAGAAGCAGAAGCCCCAUGUCUCACAGAAGGUCAUAUCAAUAUAGAGGUUCAAGGUCAAGAAGUAUAACUCAAAGCCCUGAGCAAUCACGAAGAAGGUCGUACAAGCGUAAAGGGUCAAGAAGUAGAAGUCGAAGCUUGGAAAGAUCAUAUAAGCGACGAAGAAGAUCUUACUCUGAUUGUCAUAGACGAAGGCAUAAACGAAGAAAGAUGCACAAGAGAAGACCCAGUACAAGUACAUGUAGUAGUAGCAGUGACAGCAGUAGUUGCGACUCUGACAGUUCAACAGCAUCAUACACCAAUCGAUACGAUCAGCAUACUGCUAGCCAUAUCGACGCUAGUAUGAAUACUAAAGAAAAACAAGAGCAGGAACUUGUCAAAUUGAUCAAAACAACAAAAGUGUUGAAGACACUAGAUCCACACAUAGUGAGAACUGUUUCAAUUGAAAACAUCACUGAAAUACCCAAUGAAUUGAAACUAGAAACAAUUCCUACAUUGCUGCUACUACACUCCAUGCAAAGCUCAAAACCGAAAACCAUGAAAGCAUUUAAAAAUGCAGUUAAAGGAGCAUGUAGGUUUACAUACGUAACUUGCCCCCAUGAAGCUUUUGCCACUUUCCAACAAAAGAAACGACAACUAAAAAGGAAAGGACAAAGACAAAAGAAAACUAGUCAUCAACAUGACCAAGUAUAUAUUGGCUCAGUGGUCAUCAAACAAGAAGUUAAGAUGGUUUCCAAACACCUUUUUGAACCCCUUAUCAGUGAUAUGGGCACAACCCCUAAUAAAUUGAAAGCAAAAAAGGACAAAAAAUAUGCUAAGCUUGCUGAGAAACAGCAAUUGGAGCUUAAAAAGAAAGCUGGAAAAGAAUUCUGUGAAUCGCUAUGGACACAGCUUAAACGCAAAUCGAGGCACCAUAAUGCUACUAUAAUGAAGGCCCCAACAGAGCAGCGUAGAAUUAUUUUGUCCAACUUGCAGCAAUGGAUAGAUGACAUAACAGGCUCUCAGAGCAGUAAACCAAUCAAUGAGCAGGUCAGCCAUAUUCUCUCCAAGCCAGAGCUUUUGAACCAGUUCAUCAAGCAAUGCAUGUUGAAAACCAAAAUAUCCCUGGAUUUAAUUAUAGACCUCCUUAAACAAUCAAAAUUGGUUGAUGAGUUCCAAGAUGGCACAAUUAGGGUUAACUACUACAUUGAGGAAGACCCAACUCUAGAUGACAUUGCUUUCAACUCUGAGAAUGAAAACCUUAAUGAUGAUGAAAAAUGUAAGGUUUUUGAUCUCCAUGUUCUGUAUAAUGAGAUGAUGCGACAGUACAAGGGCCGUCCCCUUGGUAUUGAUUAUGAAUUUCCAACAGAGGAUGCCUUAUCAAGUUUAGAGAAUGAAGUUAAAACUUUGUAUGAACAGUACAUCAAGAACAAGGACACUACACUUAUUCAUCAUGGACAUUAGACCAUCAAGGUCAAGGACACUGCCUUGUGCUGAUGUAACAAUAAUACUUGUAGUUAUUCAUCUUAGACACUAGACCAUCAAGGUCAAAGACACUACCCAGUGCAAGUAUCAUAGUAACAAUGGUUAUUCAUCUAGACAUAAGACCAUCAAAGUCAAAUACACUACAAAUUGCCAAUAGUAUCAAUUGUAAUUCAUUGUAGGCAAUAGACCAUCAAGGUUAAUGAUACUACAUAAUACCAUCAAAGUCAAGGACACUACAAAUUGCCAAUAGUAUCAAUUGUAAUUCAUCGUAGGCAAUAGACCAUCAAGGUUAAUGAUACUACAUAAGACCAUCAAAGUCAAGGACACUACAAUUGCCAAUAGUAUCAAUUGUAAUUCAUCGUAGGCAAUAGACCAUCAAGGUUAAUGAUACUACAUAAGACCAUCAAAGUCAAGGACACUACAAAUUGCCAAUAGUAUCCAUUGUAAUUCAUUGUAGGCAAUAGACCAUCAAGGUUAAUGAUACUACACAGUGCCAAUAUCAUAGUAUACAAAUAGUGACUGCCAAUAAUUAUUCAUCAUAGACAUAAGACCAUCAAGGUCAAAGAUAUACUGUGGUAAUGAAAUCAUAUACAUGUAAAUAGUAGCUCACAGCUACUUGAGAAUAAUGUUAUAUCUUUUUCUAUCCUUUCUCAAUUAAAAUGUAACAAAAAAAUUAUUCAUAUUUCUUGAUUUCAAUUUAUAUUAUAUAUAUUUCAUUGAAAAAUUAAUUGAUUGAAAAAUUGCAUCUUUUUUAUCAAUUUACAAAAUUCAGUUGUAUAAACUAGUACUACAGUUUAUCAAUUUACAAAAUUCAGUUGUAUAUACUACAGUUUGUUUUGGUAUCAGUUAUAGACAGUUAAACUAACAGUGUCAAGAUAUGGGGAGAGAAAAUAUUCAUGCAUAGUAAGAGCAUUCAAUAUACAGUUAGCAAGUAUAACACAGGCCUUGAGUUUAUUGGUUUUCUCCCUAUAUCAUGACAUUUAUAACUUAAACACAUCAUUCAUUAUUAGUGUGUCUCUUGGAUGACAUUCAGAUUCCAUGCAACUGAACUGGAUUUUAGACCCUUUAGCAGUAUAGCAAGUCUGUCCUAUAAGCCCAUCUUCUGGAAAUACUUAUGAAAUGAAUUUGGCUUUUCAUUAUCGUAGAUCUUUAACAACUUGGAAGGGUGCGCGUAUGGCCUCUUGGGACCAGUAAUGUAAUGAAUGACGAUCAUUAAUUGACUCCCAGCAUGACAUAAGAUCUAUGACAAACCAAGUAUUCCCAAAUUUGGGCUUAUGCAUGAUGUAGGCUUGCUAAAUCAAUUAGAAACAUUUCCAUUUGGUUGGAAGGUCAUCCAAGAGGCACACUCUAAUCAGCUGACUAAUAAUAAAUGGUGUGAUUUAAUUUGGUUCAAAAUUAAAACAAAAUGUGAUACUGUACUUCUACUUAAUUUGGCGCUACUUAUUUGGGGGAUUUGCUAUUUUGAACAUUUUGUGGCUACUGAAAUAAUCAAACUUAAAUAUAUUUUGACACUGGUCUAUGAUCGUUGAUCCCUGCACUUAUUGUUGCACCUUUAAGUUAUAUGUUCUUUUCUUUCUUUUUGAUGACAUUUUGAAUUUUGAGUUCAUUGGGUUUUCUAGAAGAACUGAUUUUCAGUUACAUGUAUUUUCUUGACAGUCACAGUGUUAGAAAGUCUUUUAAAUUGUUAAAUGUAUAUUUAUUACUUUAUGGAUCACCAUUGUAAAAUUCAAAUACAAGGCAUUAACAUGACAAAAUGUCACCACCUAAAACAAUUUGGUCAAUUUAAAGCAAGUUGGAAAAUACCUUUUGACCUUGAGAAGGUCAUUGAAGGUCAAAGGUCAAAUCUAAAGUCAGAUUUGAACUUCUGAGAACUUGUGAAGUCAAAUUUGAACUUUUGAAAAGAUGUAGAUGAUUUUGAAAAAAAAAUUUGGUCAAUUUGAAGCAAGUUGAAAACAGACCUUUUUUGACCUUGAGAAGGUCAUUAAAGGUCAAAUGUCAAAUCUAAAGUCAGAUUUGAAUUUCUGAGAACAUGUAGAUGAUUUUGAAAAAAAAAAUUAGUCAAUUUGAAGCAAGUUGAAAAAGACCUUUUUGACCUUUUUUGACCUUGAGAAGGUCAUUGAAGGUCAAAUGUCAAAUCUAAAGUCAUAUUUGAAUUUCUGAGAACAUGUAGAUGAUUUUGAAAAAAAAUUUAGUCAAUUUGAAGCAAGAUGAAAAAAUACCUUUUUGACCCUUUUUGACAUUGAGAAGGUCAUUGAAGGUCAAAUGUCAAAUCUAAAGUCAGAUUUGAAUUUCUGAGAACAUGUAGAUGAUUUUGAAAAAAAAAUUUAGUCAAUUUGAAGCAAGUUGAAAAAAGACCUUUUUGACCUUUUUUGACUUUGAGAAGGUCAUUGAAGGUCAAAUGUCAAAUCUAAAGUCAGAUUUGAAUUUCUGAGAACAUGUAGAUGAUUUUGAAAAAAAAAUUUAGUCAAUUUGAAAAAAGACCUUUUUGACCUUUUUUGACUUUGAGAAGGUCAUUGAAGGUCAAAUGUCAAAUCUUAAGUCAAAUCUAAAGUCAGAUUUGAAUUUCUGAGAACACGUAGAUGAUUUUGAAAAUUUUUUUUAGUCAAUUUGAAGCAAGUUGAAAACAGACCUUUUUGACCUUUUUUGACCUUGAGAAGGUC